CUCAAAAAAAAAAAAAACCUGCAUCGGAGAGGAGCGGAUCGGAAGAGCUUGAUGGCACUCGAUCUGGGAUCCAUGUUCCUAGACCUAGCUGCAGCUGCUGCUGCUUACGGCCGCCUCGACGAGGACGACGACGCCCACGCGAAGCCUGACAAGAGUCCAUCACAGGAUUCUCCGUCCCUGAAUCCCCCUGCUUAUGGCUACCCCGACGGCGGCGGCGACCAGCCACGCUUCGUCUUCGUCGAGCCGUGUGCCUACUUUGCCGACCGCCGCAACGCCACCACCGCCGGCUGCAGCAUGGACGGCCUCCGUCUCCGGGGGGACAUCGAGGUCACCUUCUGCACCGUCCAACCACCGCAGGUCUCCUACCUCUGCGUCCACACCACCGCCACCGACCACACUGUGUUCGCCGUCCGGCCUAAUAUAGUUGCCACAGAGACUGACGGCGGCCUCGUCCUCCUAUGCGUCGCCGUCGGCGACCGCCCAUCCGAUGCCAUGUUUCGCCACAAACGACACUACUUCGUCUACGACGCCAGCGUCCCCGAGCUCAAGCACAUCAAGCAGCCCGGCGACGACCACCCAGUCAACGAGCGGUCGUUCGCCAUUGUGCGCAAACCUGACCGCAGCUACGUCCUCGCCGCACAAGCCGGUGUGUUCUUCGGAUACCGCAACCCUUCUGCUCACCUCUGCCUGUAUAACUCCGGUACCAACUCCUGGAGCAAACUGCGGGUGAAUGUCGAUUCAGUCCCCUACGACGAGUUCAUCACAUACAAUGCAUUCACCGUCGGAGGAGAUAAAGGCACAGUGGCCUGGGUAGAUCUCUCACAUAUGAUCAUCUUCUGCAACGUGCUGGACAAACGCCCCAAGCUUCGUUUCCUAAGACUACCGAUCCAGCCGACGAAUGCAGGUGGAUUGCCGGCUGUUCGGGACGUCUCGGUCCUUGAUGGCUUCAUCAAGAUGGUCGAGCUGCAGCACCGUGCCAAUGGUUGGAAGGCCACAAUAUGGAGCAUCAAGACUGGUAUCUUCUCCAAAAUGGCUUGGCGCGUCGAUUACCAGUUCGAUUCGUCUGAUAUACCCGAACCGUCGCUGCCUAAGCUGAAGCUCCCUGAAGGUGUCACGGCUCAGCCUACCUUGUCGACUCUCCAUAUUGGCCUGCCCAAGCUGAGCCUGCCAGAUGAUGGAAUUCUUUAUUUACUAGCCAAGAUUGACUACCGUGACAGGCAGCACACAGCGUGGGUGCUUGCUGUUGACAUGAAGAACAAGACUGUCCAGAGAGUGGCCGGGUUUAGCCCUAAGAGGGCUAUUGGUUUAUGCAGGGGCUACGAUUCAAGUACAAUCUCCAAAUAUCUCAAAGUUGCUUCAGGUACAAAAGAAAAUUAAUAUCGAAAGGACCAGAGAUGCCAUUACUACGAUGCAAGUAGGAUCUCCAGAAAUCUCCAAACAAGCUAGCUAGCCAGGGAAUCCAUAUGAUUGCCGGGACAAGAAGGCGCAGCUGCAGUGUGCAUGAUAUAUGGUGUUGGGCGGGCCGAUGAUUAAUCCGGGUGUGGUAUGAGAUGAGCAAGGCUAGUGAUUCCCUGGCAUAUCAAGUUAGAACUAAUAUAUAAUCUUUUAGAUAAAAGACCUUACAUUAGUUUACAGAGGAACACUUCUUAGAAAUGCAGUACAAUAUGCGUUGCCCUUUUGAUUGCUGCAGGGUGUCUGUUGUCAUGUCUUGUGCACAGAUAUGCAGGACAACUUGCUGCACGUACGUUUGAUGUUUAUUAGGUGGUGGCGUGGACUUUAUUUCUCGACGAUUUGAUGUUUACUAGGAUUUUCAUAUAGGCUUGCUUGCUGAAUUAAUUAACCAAGUGAUGUUGGGAUCAUAGCGCGCGGACGUGCAACAUGAAGUAAGUCUCACGGUGCGAUCAACGCCUCCAGAAUCACGGUGCGAUCUAUCGUCAUCUGGGGAAGCUACGAGGAAGCUAUCGUCAUCUGGGGUGACACGCUCUUGGUUAGCCUUAGGCAUGCAUGAUACACCUUCCUGAGACCAGCAAAACUUAGGCGUGUGUCUUUCUUGCUACAUUCAGCAGCCUAGCAUGAAAGAGGGAUGUGUUGAUUAUAGAUCUCUCGAUGAAACCUAGAGUUGGUAAUUUGCAUACCGAUCGAUAUUUUUGGCGUUCCUGCCGCAGUGUUGGUUCAGAGUUGAACAAACUGCCGCACCUCGAAGUUCCCAAAUGCGCCGCGGCCGAAGAAGGG